GUACGAAAGGCUGAGAGCUGGAGACUGUUUCUAAGAGACAACACUCGGCUGUGAUUUGACGACAUGUCUGUAACACCGAGCCUCGACUCCCGGGGUUCAACAGGAGAGCGGAGCCGUGGUCAAACUAACCAUGUCCCAUUCCACGCUGAGUUUACCAAGAGGCUGACGACAAGCAGUCCACGCUUUGGGGCCUUGAGUCAUCAUUCCUUCUUCUCCCGACACAACCCUCAUCCACACAGGGUGAGACAUCUUCAAGGACUCAAUGGUGGGCCCGUUUGCAUGGUGCGAGAUGAUUGGUAUGUCACCUCAUCCCUAUUUCCCCAUCCACUUCUCAAGAGCCACGUCCACAGGAAAACAACGGAUCCAUCUGUUGCUUUCCCGCUCGCCAAGAGCCUUUAUGGAGUCAGUGUUAAUAAAGACAGAUCAGCGCUGUUUUCAGAAGCCUGGAGAGAUGAACUUAAAGAACUCGCCACAAAAGUCACCUUGUCCUCUCAAACACAAAAGGAUAAAAAAGAGGACCAACCGGAGGAAGAAUUGGUCUGCCGGAAGACCCAAUAUUCAUCUGAAACUGGGAGAAUCAUCCCACCAUCCUCCAAGUCUUAUCAACGCAGAUCACAUUUCCAGCGCGGGGUGUAUCCUCAGCCUCUUCAUGAUCAAGAGCUCAUGGUGUUGGAGCUGCUUUGUCAGAUCCUGCAGACAGAUUCUCUGUCCACAGUCCAGCAGUGGCUUCUGCUCGCAGGCCAAAGAGAGAAAGACAUGGUGAUGGGGAUGAUCAAACAGGCUCUGGAUGGGGUGGACCUCUCAGGCCAGCAGCAGGAAUUUCCGCGCAGUGAAUCUCUGCUGACAUACGGGCCAUCAUUCAAGCACUCGUGGAGAAAACCAGAGAGAAAAAGCUCAUACAAAGUGAACCCAGCUUCCAUCAAUGACAAACCAGAGAGGAUCGGAGAUGCAGAGGUCCUUGAAGUCCACACUCAUCAAAAUCAUCCUCACGAUGAACCACUUUUGCACACAGAGAGUGCAUAGAGACCUGAAUUUAAUCAAGGAGAUGUUUCCCAUUGGCUCCUAUUUUUUAUCCCGUCCAUGAUAGCAGAUAUCGAAGGGCUUCUUCUUUUUUUAGGUUUUCACUUUGUAGAUGUUUCUUAGGAACCUGCAGGUCACAGGGGCACUUCAGUUAUAAACAAAAUACUGCAGGUGUGAUAGUGUUACAAAUACGUGUGGUGUGCAUUUUUUUAAUCCUAUAUCACCUGUCUGAUUGGUUGGUUAUAUUUUAAACUGGGGAAAGCUCAAAUACAAGAUGUAACCUGU